GGGGCGGGACGGGAGCAGCUCGGCCCUCGCCCGGGGCCGCAGCCCAGCAGGAGCCCGAGGCCCGCGCCGUCGGGACGCGGCCAUGGAGCUGUGGCCGUGGCUGACCGCGGCGCUGCUCGUGCUGCUCGUGCAGCUGAGCCCCACGGUCAACUUCUACGCCAAGGUCGCCCUGUACUGCGCGCUCUGCUUCUCGGCCUCCACCCUGGCCGUGGCCGUCUGCCUGCUGCGCCACGGCGGCCGCACCGUGGAGAACAUGAGCAUCAUCAGCUGGUUCGUCCGGUCCUUCAAGUAUGCAUAUGGCCUUCGCUUUGAGAUAAAGGGCCGCCAGAAGCUGGAGGUGAACCACCCCUGCGUCAUCAUUUCCAACCACCAGAGCAUCCUGGACAUGAUGGGCCUCAUGGAGGCCCUGCCCAAGCGCUGUGUGCAGAUCGCCAAGCGGGAGCUGCUCUUCCUGGGGCCGGUGGGCCUGAUCAUGUACCUUGGCGGCGUCUUCUUCAUCAACCGGCAGCGCUCCAGUACCGCCAUGACCGUGAUGGCCGAAGUGGGCGAGCGCAUGGUCCAGGAGAAUCUCAAAGUGUGGAUCUACCCAGAGGGCACGCGGAACGACAACGGUGACCUGCUGCCUUUCAAGAAAGGUGCCUUCUACCUGGCGAUCCAGGCCCAGGUGCCCAUCAUCCCCGUGGUGUACUCCAGCUUCUCCUCCUUCUACGACACCAGGAUGAAGCGCUUCACCUCAGGAAUGGUCCAGGUAGAAGUGCUGGAUGCCAUCCCCACCCGCAGCCUCACUGUCGCUGACAUCCCCAGGCUCAUGGACACUUGCCACCAGGCCAUGAGGACCACCUUCCUCCAUAUGUCCAAGAUACCCCAGGAGAACGGGGCCACUGCAGGGCCUGGUACCCUGCCAGCCCAGUAGCCAAGGCCUGGGUGGGGCAGGCUGGGUGUGGGCAGGUGGGGGCAGGACCUGCUCGGGAAUGGACAGGGGGACACGCUCCCCACCCCGGCUGCUGGAUACCACUGCAUCCUGUGCCUCCCCCAGCUUUUCGUCUGGGCCCCAGAAGCAGGGGGCCCUUCCUGUCACUGGCCUCAGAUCCAGGCCCCUGAUGCCCUGAAAAGGAGUCUGCUGGAACCUCCCCAAGCUCUGAGGAUGGGGCCUGCCCACCCUUGUGCCCCCAGGAUCCGGGUGUAGGGGUAGGCCUGGGGCCUCCACAGGCUGAGUUGCUUAGUCCCCAGACGGCCAGAUCUGGGCCCUCUUGCUGCUGCCUGCACCCACGGGGAGCAGACGCUGGCCCCAGCCCAGGCACGGCCUGCAUCAGGCUCUCAUGGACAGCCAGGGCUCGGGGGGGCCAGGGUGUCCUGUGUCCUGCAGCCCGGGCCUCAGGGCACCCCUGGUGCCAGCCUGGGGGAGCGAGGAAGGGCUGGCACUGUACUCGUCAUUUUUAUAAAUGAACUCUUGGAACUGCC